AUGCGGUUCCAACUCUCCGAGCUAGACCCCGAAUCUGACGCUCUCUCCGAGUUCGUCGCCUGCCAGGUUGCCAGUUUCGGGGACCCAUUUCAACCGAUUUACCGGUUCUUCUACCCUAUCUUUGGAGGUGAAUCUGAGGCACGGAAGCAAGAGGCGCUCGCGAACCUCGUGCAAUUGCACCGAGAAUGGGCUCGUGAGGACCCGGACUCUGUCUUUUUGCAGAUCAGGGACCGUGAACGGGACAACAAGUUUGUUGCCGGGGUUUACUUCAAGGUCCACAGACAGAACCCGUACGCGCGCGGAGGAAAAGGGGACCUGAGCGGUGACAGCGAAGAGCACAACCCGUCUGCUGCGCUGUGGUAUCCAGAGGGGGCUCGACGAGAGUAUAUCACGCGAUGCAUUGAGAUUUUCUCCGAGCCGCACAUGAAGCUCAUGCAGAAGCCGCAUGUUUAUAUAUUCGUCGGGUUCGUCUUACCCGAGUACCGCCAACUGGGUCUGGCAGACAUGCUCUUGGCUGAGGUCUGUCGACGGGCAGACGAACUGGGGCUCGAGUCCUGGCUCGAAGCGGUUAUCGCAAUAGGGGUGACGAUCUACAGGCGCCACGGGUUUAUCCCCUACAGUGGCGGUCUUCUGGUUCAGCCCGCCGCGACAGCAGUGGAGGCUCAGGAUGCGGAUUGGAAGGAUAUUGAGGCCAAGAUGCAGCCUCUGCGAUACUGGCCCAUGUGGCGGCCCCCUCGUGGAAAGCUAGAGCUCGGGAAGAUGAGCCCACCCUGGGGCGAGCUGAGUACGAAUAGGAGAUUCUUGGGCAGGCUAUGA